AUGGGGGUUGCUGUUCUGACUGGUCUCGCUGCCACUGACACAGAUGCCACUCAAGACAUUCCAUAUAGAACAAUUUAUGAAUUAGAGCUGGUGGAGGAUGUCUGGAGAGGGGAAGCACAGGACCUUCUUACCCAAAUUGCACAGCUGCAGGAGGAGAAUAAACAGCUGAUGACAAACUUGUCUCACAAAGACAUUAAUUUCACAGAAGAGGAAUUUCAGAAGCAUGAAGGAAUGUCAGAGAGAGAGCGGCAAGUCAUGAAGAAGCUGAAGGAAGUGGUAGAUAAACAGAGGGAUGAAAUCAGAGCAAAGGACCGGGAACUUGGACUUAAAAAUGAGGAUGUAGAGGCUCUUCAGCAGCAACAGAACAGGUUAAUGAAAAUUAACCAUGACCUGCGGCAUCGGAUCACUGUGGUUGAGGCUCAGGGGAAGGCACUGAUCGAGCAGAAGGUGGAGUUGGAAGCAUACCUGCAAACCAAGGAGCAGGAGAUGGGCACGCUGCGAGCAGAGCUGGGGAAACUGAGAGAAAAACUGCAGGGUGAGGACAGCCAAAAUGGGGAGGAAGUAAAGACAGAACCAAACAAUGAUGACUGCCUCUCAGAGUCAGAAAAGAUGGCAAUGGACUUAAAAGAUCCGAAUCGUCCAAGAUUCACCUUGCAGGAGCUUCGGGAUGUCCUUCAUGAGAGGAAUGAACUGAAAUCUAAAGUGUUUUUACUUCAAGAGGAGCUUUUGUAUUACAAAAGUGAGGAAACAGAGGAAGAAACUAGAUCCCCACAACCUACACCCAUAAUUCAGUCCAAACCCUCAACUCAGCCUGAAUCUGGAAUCAAACGACUGAUCUUUACAGCCAUAAUGCCCAUGGUAGCAGCUGGAUUGAUUCCAGACGAUCCCCCAUUGCAGCCCAUAAGAAGACUUGUGUCCCUUGUUUAGUUUCUUCUCUCGUGAUAAGAAACGUAUGCAGGCAUCACAGAAAAAUGUGCACUUCCAGGAUACUUUUGGAGAAUGGUCAAAUUCACAUAAAGAUGACUCCUACACCGAACAAGGACAAGAAGCCCUGCAGCACCUGUGACUAAAACCUUGAGGUCUUCAGCUGACUGCAGUAGAUCUCGACACUCUAGUUAACAUGAAGCUUCUGUCAGCAAAUCUGGCAGCUCGUCACUUUUGUUUGCCUUGCCCACCUCAGCGGCUGUGUCUCCGAUGUGCUCUUCAGAAGGGAUCCCUCACUGUUCACUUGGUGACUGUUUGCUGAAAACAGAAUCCAGGCUUUGUAGUAACAGUCGCUGAUGCCCUGGGACAUCGAAGCUUCUAGAUGACUUGUUUUGUGCUGAGUAACAAGUCCAUGGUCUUGUUCAUGCAUUAACUACAGUAACACAAGCUUCUUUAA